AUGCUGUCAAUUAUAAGUUUCGUCUUUUUUUUUCUUUCUCGUACGCAUUUCUUCUUUAAUGCAUUCUAUCUAUCUAUCUAUCUAUCUAUCUAUCUAUCUAUCUAUCUAUCUAUCUAUCUCAUUCGGUGGGUCCAUUUUCUAUCUAUCUAUCUAUCUAUCUAUCUAUCUAUCUAUCUAUCUAUCUAUCUAUCUAUGUCAUUCUGUUCAUAUCUAUCUAUCUAUCUAUCUAUCUAUCUAUCUAUCUAUCUAUCUGUUUGCUUUUUAUGUAAUAUUGGAGUUGAUAUCUAUCUAUCUAUCUAUCUAUCUAUCUAUCUAUCUAUCUAUCUAUCUAUCUAUUUUUUAAAAGAGAGAGAGAGAGAGAGAGAGAGAGAGAGAGAGAGAGAGAGAGAAAGAGAUCGAAAACUAUCCAUCUAUCUCAAUCUGUUCAUCUCUCUCUCUCUAUCUAUUCUGACCUACUCCUUUCUUUUCGCUUUCCUCUACUAG